AUGGGGAUACAGGAGCAACAACCUCUUUUGAGGCCGUCAGCUAGAUACCAUCCCAUACCAGAUGCCCAAGAGCCUCAAAGCGCCUCCGAUGAAUCUUUGACUCUUUUGCCCGACUCCUUGCCGGGAGCAACCUAUACAAAAACUCUAAACUGGUCAAGCGCGUACAUACUGGUUGUGUCACGCGUGAUUGGAAGUGGUAUUUUCGCUACACCAGGGUCCAUUGUCAGAUCUGCCGGAAGCAUCGGACUUACCCUACUAGUAUGGCUGGCGGGAACGAUCUUGUCAGGAUGCGGUCUCGCUGUGUCGAUGGAAUUUGGCUGUAUGCUCCCUCGCUCGGGGGGAGAAAAGGUGUACCUCGAGUAUACCUAUCCGCGACCGCGAUUCCUCGCCUCUAGCUUGGUUGCUGUUCAAGCGGUGCUUCUGGGAUUCACCGCGAGUAACUCCAUUAUCUUUUCGAAAUACACAUUCUUCGCGCUUAGCAUCGAGCCCACUGAGCUUCAGCAUAAGCUACUCGCCAUCGGUCUGUUGACGGCCAUUACUAUCGUCCAUGGUGUCUUUUUGAAGACUGGUAUCUUUGUUCAAAAUGUCCUAGGAUGGGUCAAGAUUUUCCUGAUUGGCGCAAUGUCAUUGACUGGACUAUGGGUCGUUUUCCUUCGCUUCAGUGGAGAUAUCGGUGAUGUGUCUCCAGGAUCAAGCGUCGGUGCCUUUUCGUGGGACUCUAUCUGGGAAGGGUCGAAUUGGAGCUGGAGUUUGCUCUCGACUGCGUUGUUCAAAGUCUACUACUCCUACGCCGGAUUGAGCAACAUCAACAAUGUCCUCAAUGAGGUGCAUGAUCCAGUCGGAAUAGUGAAGACCGUGUGCCCUACAGCACUUCUCACGGCUGGAGUCUUGUAUUUCCUGGCUAAUCUGUCAUACUUUCUUGUCAUUCCUCUGGAGGAAAUCAAGAACAGCGGAGAGCUUGUCGGCGCAUUGCUUUUUGAAAGACUAUUUGGUGAUCAUAUCGGAAGGAUAUUCUUUCCUCUGGCGAUCGCCAUUUCUGCUGCUGGGAAUGUGAUGGUGGUGACAUUUGCUCUGGCACGGGUCAACCAAGAAAUAGCUCGACAGGGCUUUUUACCGUGGCAGAACAUUCUCUCUUCUACAAAACCAUUUGGAACCCCUCUUGGUGGACUGAUCGUGCACUAUAUCCCGUCCAUUCUGGUCAUAGGACUACCGCCCCAAGGCGAUGUCUACAACUUCAUCCUAGACUUGGAAGCAUACCCAGGCCAAGUAGCUGCUUUGGCAGUUACCGUUGGCUUGUUGAUAGUUCGCUAUCGAGAGCCAGAUCUUCCACGGCCUUUCAAAGCAUGGCUACCAGCUGUCUGGCUACGCGUCGUGGUCUGCCUCACAUUGCUAGUAACGCCGUUUAUCCCACCCCCCAACUGGAAAGGCGACGUUAAUUUCUUUUACGCUGCCUAUGCUCUUGUCGGCAUUGGAAUAAUACUUUUCGGUGUCCUUUACUGGUAUAUUUGGACUGUGGUAAUUCCCAGAAAGGGAGGCUACAAGCUUGAAGAGGAGAAGGAAAUUUUAGCGGAUGGGACUAGUAUCAUCAAACUCGUUCGCACAUAUGGCGACUAG